AUGAGCGGAUCACGUGACUUCUCCUCUAUCGCUCGAUCUCUUCUGCUCAAGCAACCGAGUGAAGAAGUACGCCGUACAAACGUUACGGAGCUUGAGGUGACAAGACCAGUCGCUGAACAACGUGCUCAGAGUAAUGCUUGCCUCUGCACAGCAUUUCAAGCUGUUUCGCUUGAAAUGUUCGUUAGUAAUGAAGCAAGUAGCUCUGAGAAACGCCGCGUAUUGAGCCCAGAAACGAAGGCUGUCAUCGCUAACGUGAAGCAGUUCUUCGCAAAGCUGAAAGAACAUCUUGGGCCAACUUCACGUGGUACCGUUUUCAGCUCGGUUACUGCGAUAACUGCCACGGCUUGCGGUGUCAGCGACAGAAUGGUCGAGAAGGUUACGAACACACCGGUCCGCCCUGCGAUUACGCAGUCAGCUCGCAAGAGUUGCUCUCGGAAAGCAGCGGUUAUGACCGCGAUGAAUAACCUUGGCCCAAUUUGGGGCGAGCGGAUCAGGCGGCUGGUCCACAGGAUGCUUAAGGACGAGAAGGACGUCACGAUCCUCGAGUUGCGGCAGGAAAUGAUGAUGGCUUAUCCGGACUUCACUUACUCUUCAACGACACUUUGGAGGCUUGUGAAAGGCCUUGGCUUUUCAUACAAGAUCCUCAAGGGACAACGCUAUAUUUUCGAACGUUCGGAUCUUGCCAAGAAGCGGUCCCUAUAUUUGAGGAAAAUUGAGGAAGCCAGGAGGAGAGGGGACUGCAUAGUUUACAUGGACGAGACGUGGGUGUUCGCCGGGAUGGUAAAGAGGAGAGGUUGGUCAGACAACACCAUGUCGCGCUUUCCCACCGCUGCUGAGAUACAGCGGUAUUCUUGCGGUAAGACUGCUGGGAAGAACAAGGGGAGGCGCGGUAUUGUUAUGACGGCCAUGAGUGAGGAUGGAAUCGUACCCGGCUGCACCAAUGUAUUCGUGGAUAGACACCGCACUAUGCACCACGAUUCCACCCGCGAGAUGGACCACAUAAUGUUCGAGAAUUGGUUGGAAUCGUCCAUCCCCCUCAUGAAGGAAUUUGCGGCGGGACGGAAUGUUACGCUAGUGCUCGACAACGCCCCUUAUCACACAAGAGCACUGGAGAAGGUGAGAUUUAGUCAAGCAAUGAAUAAAAGAAAAAAACGCGACAUGUUUGUUUAUAAGAUUCCGACCAGACACUCCACUAAGCGAGAGAUCAUCAGCUUCCUCAGCUUCCAUGGAGUCGAAGUGGCGAUCGAUAGUGAAAAAGCGUCCGUAGUAGAGGAGCUCGAAGACUUCGUCGCCAGUCGAGGCGGUAGAGCAGCUUUACGCUGUUUCGCUGCUGAGAGCAUAUGUGAAGAUAUGGGGGUGAGAACUAGGGCCCUAGACGUUCUAGAGGGUGUAACAAGGAGCCAUUGCGAGGGAUGGUGCAGAGCAGCGUUAGAGGAGGAGGAUUCAGCUCGGAUGAAAGAUGCUCCUGGAUGA